AUGCCGUACGCCGGCUUCCAGGCCUUUAUUUUGUGCGGACCUGGAUUGUCACUCAAUACCUUUACCUCGAAUGUCGCAGACUACCCCAAAGCUCUGGUACCCAUCGCCAACCGUCCUAUGGUAUGGUACCCUCUGGACUGGUGUUAUCGCAUGGGCGUCACAAACAUCACUCUGAUCACACCCCCUGAGAGUGCUGCCCCUCUGGAGUCCGCCCUCGCCCAAAAUCCUCACCUCACAAGUCUUGCCGUUCCCAGACCUGAACUGCUCUGCCCCGAGUCCUUGACACAAACUACUGGAACUGCAGAGAUCUUCCGCACUCCCGAGGUGCAAAAGGCCAUCACCACUGAUUUUAUUGUUCUGCCCUGCGACUUGAUCUGCGAUCUCGAAGGUUCUGCUCUCUUGCAAUCAUGGAUGGUGCUCGAAGCUGGUCUUGGAGGUGCUACUGGUGGUAUGGUUGAUGGACAGGCUGUGCGCAUGACAAUGGGUGGUGAAAAGAGUGGUCGUAGAGGAGGUCUGGCCGUGUGGUAUCCUACAAAGGGCCUUGAAGGCGUCAGUCAAAAGGGCGACGAGACGGAUUUGGUCGCGACAACUCCCCUACCGCGCCCUGCUGUUCCCGCUCCUGAGGGACAUCUCAGAUCUCAUGUCGAGAAGCUCGUUUUGAGCAUCCCCACAAGUACCGUCAAGGACAUCACAGAAGAGCAGAAGAGCUUCCCUCUGCGUCACGCCCUACUACGUCAACACGGAAAGAUCAAGAUCAAGACUUCACACAGAGACGCCCACAUCUACUUCCUGCCUUUCUGGGUCAAGGACAUGAUCAAGGAGAACGAGGCCUUUGAUUCACUGUCUGAGGAUGUUAUUGGAUGGUGGGCAAAGGCUGGCUGGCAACAGGGUCUGGCUGACAAGUUGAACCUGCGCCAAGUCCUGAACGACACUCCCUCAACACCGGAUGCAGACGAUCUGAUGAUGGCAAGCAGCAUGCAGCUCGACGAGGAGGUCGAUCUGGCUGCCAUGAGCACAACAUCCAUGAGCCGUCCCACCGCUUCUUCCAUCAACCGCUCACCAGAUACUUUUGCUUCGCGCGUACCUGGAAACCUACAGACAGACAACGACCCUCAAGAUCCCUUGAUAGUGCCCCCGAUUCUGGCAUACGUCCAGCCUCCUCUUACCGACGCAACCAACCAACCGCUUAUCCGCCGUGUCGAUACUUCAUCUCUCCUCCUCAGCAUCUCCCUCCGCCUAGCAAAACUUCCUUCAGUCGCAGAAGCCACAGCGACUGGAGUCACACCAUCACCCUUCGCACACGCCGCAAAGGUCGCACAUCCAGACAUGAUCCAGCAACAAACACGUGUCAGCGAAGUUGAUUCACUAGUGGCUGAGAAUGUCACAAUCGGAAGCAGAGUCAACAUCAAGGAAUCUGUCAUCGGUGUCGGCUGCAGUAUUGGCAAUGGCGCAAGAUUGACGAGGUGCCUGCUGAUGGACGGUUGCACCAUCGGCGAUAAUGUCACACUCACCGGUUGUAUCGUUGGCAAGAGAUGCAAGAUUGAAGGAGGCGGCCCCAAGGAUGAGGACAAGACACGCCUGACAGAAUGCGAGGUUCAGCCUGGCUAUGUUGUCAAGUGGGGAACCGAAAUCAAGAAUGAAAAGUUCAUGGUAUUCGAGGGACUUGGUGAGGACGAUGGAGAUAUGGACAUGGAUGAUGAGGAUAUGGACUCCGGUGAUGAUGACGCUGCAUUUGCAUAG